CAAAGAAAAACUGUGAAAUCCUCUUCCAUAGAUACACACACACACAUACAUAAGUAGCGUUUCUUUUUUAUUUCUUAAUAUACAUACAUACACACAUACAUAUAUAUUUGAAUAUUUUUCUUCUGAGUUUCAAAUAAUCAUGGAAUUAUUCUCGCUUUGGACUCAAAUACUCUUACUUUUGAUGGGUUCUACCAUUCUCGUAAACGCGGAUUGCGUUGAUGGAUGGGUGCAGCUUAGAAGCGGCCGUUAUAUGUUUGUAUGUGAAAAGGAAGUUUAUAGUGAUGCCCUCGCCAUAUGCAAUGAAAACGGAGGCUCCUUGGUAUCCAUCAACACUUUAAAGGAAGCAGAGGUUCUGAUAAAGAAAUUGAUGGAAAUCAUCACCAGCGUCGAACAAGGUACUUGGUGGGUUGGUCUCAGUUUUGAUAUUGAUAAAGAAACUUGGAUCUGGACAGACAGAACAUCCUAUGACGAUUCAACAAUGUCACUUUGGGCUCCGGGCGAACCUAACAAUGGACUAGCCGAAGAAGACUGUGCCGAGCUUAGCUUUGAAGGAAAACUUAACGACGAGAGUUGUCUGAGCGCGAAACCAUUCAUCUGUGAAAAAAUGAAGAUUAUUUCAUCCGACAACCGUACGACCCAUAGCCACACAUCAAAAUCCUCGACACACCACCACCAAGACUUCAGUUUCUCAACCUCUCGUAAAACCCCGUUUAUUAAUGGCGAUUAUUCUACAUUUGAAACAACCAUUGACUCGAUGGGCGGACAAGUUUGCUCUUACGCAAGUGGUAAAGUUGUGGAGGUUAGUGAAGACGGAUUCUGCCCUGAACAAACUCUCUUAAAUGUAAAAUGGCCACGUACAGCUGCUGGUCAACAUGCCAUGAUGCCUUGUCCAUCAGGAAGCAACAUGGCCUUCAGGAAGUGCAACAGUUAUCCCGUCUGCUGGGAAGAAAAUCACAAUAUUCAAAAUUGUACUUCUCGACAAAUAAGGGAUUUCUUGAGCAAGGCCACCUCAGAGUUGUCUAAAGGAACAAAUAAAGCCAAAGUUGUGGUUUCUCAAAAGUUGGCGGAUGUUACAUCUCAACCGAAAAUGUCAGUUGAAGAUUAUGUCGUUGCAUCAAAAUUCUUUAAAAGCUUCAGUAACUCCUUAGAUUUCUCUUCCAAACCUAAGAAAGAAACUGUCGAAUCCAUAGUUACGGAUGUUGUAAAAAUCGGCAAUAACUUAAUGUCCAAAGAUCAGACGAAAGCAUUUAACAACAUGACCAAACACGAAGUGGUGGAAUCGGCCUCAGAGCUGAUGAGUUCUGUGGAUUCUGCGACUAUGAAACUAGUGAAUGCCAUCGACGAACCGCAACUAAUAGUGAAAAAGACAGAGAACAUCGAGGCUCAGCUGCAAGUAUUAGAUGUCGACAAAUUAGAAGAACCGGAAAUAACGUUUCAUUCUGAAGGAGAUUCUUUCGCUCUUCCUUCUGAAAAUCUGCGAUCCAUUAGCAAAGGUGGCUUGGCUAAAGUUGUGUUUGUGACUUACAACAGUUUGCCGGAUCUUAUGCCAACGAUAGAGACUGAUACUGCGGAAGGUCAAAAGGAAGUUAAAAUCUACAGCAAGAUCAUUAGCGCGUCUGUUGCUAAUUACCAUGGGGAGGUGCUCCGAGAACCCGUGGAGUUUUCUAUGGAACACACUAAGCCUUUACCAAUCCAUGUGAAACCGCGCUGCUCUUUCUGGAACAUGACAGCCAACACACGACCAUAUUGGUCUCAAAAGGGAUGCAGAAUGAUAAACUCAGAUAUUUACCAAACAAAAUGUCGCUGCAACCAUUUGACAAAUUUUGCCAUUCUCAUGGACGUCGAAGGAAUCGAGAUCUCUUACACCCAUCAGAACGCUCUCCGUAUUAUUACUUACGUUGGUUGUUCAAUAUCGAUGAUUGGUCUCUUCCUCAGCUGGAUCACGUUCAACGUAGUCACUGCUAUACGUGGGGAACGGAAUUCCAUACACAAAAAUCUUGUCUUUUGUCUCUUUGUUGCUCAACUUCUUUUCAUGAUUGGUGUUGACAGAACCACGAAUAAGAUGGUAUGUUCAGUGUUCGCUGGGCUGAUGCAUUACUUCUUCUUGGCUGCAUUCUCUUGGAUGCUGAUGGAAGCUGCCAAAAUCCUCAUCAUGAUUGUCCAGGUGUUCAAAACCGCUAAAUCGAAGAUGAUUUAUUACUAUAUAUUUGGAUAUGGAUUCCCCACUCUGGUUGUCAGUAUUUCAGCCAUCGUCAACUUGGACGGCUACGGAACAGACCGACAUUGUUGGCUUUCCACAGAAGACUAUUUUGUUUGGGCUUUCAACGGACCCGUGGCCUUUGUCUUGCUGGUGAAUGCCAUAAUCCUGACCUAUGCACUGAUCACUAUUUACCAACAUUCUGGCUACGUCAUUCCUGACGACAUGGUAGGAACCAUCGGCGCUUGGGUCAAAGGUGCCCUCUCCCUCGAAGUUAUCCUUGGUCUCACGUGGGUUUUUGGAUUCUUCUACAUGAACGAAGCUACUCUCGUCAUCGCGUAUAUCUUCGCCAUUCUAAACAGUCUACAAGGAUUCUUCAUCUACUGUUUCCACUGUCUUGGCAAUAAACAGGUAUGGAAAGAAUACAAACGGCUUCUAAAGGUGAAAGAAAAGUCGACUUCUGGCACAAGUACCAAAACUGCUUCGGUUACGAGAAAACCGACUGAUGCAGCAAAUUACGAAAUGGCGGCUCCGAACCACAACAAACAGUAACAUUUAUCUUCGGGCGCUAGAUUUUCUACACAUGAACAUAUGCAUAUAUGUGUAUAUAAAUAUAUACAUAAGCACACAUAAUUAUAUAUAUGCACAUGUGUAUAUAUGUGUUAUAGAAACAUAUAAUAUGCAUAUGUAUAUAAUAUAUAUAUGAGUGUGUGUGGUUUUAUUUUGGGAGUCACUUGAGGGCUCUCAAAGAACACAGAGUGGACAGACAGAAGUAAUUUAAAACAACUAAAAGAAAUAUCCCAUCUAAAACGGACAAAAAUUUACCUUUUUCAUUAAAAAAAACUUUUGUUUUCAUUUUUUUCAUUUUCAAUUUUUUGUCUUCUGAGAAUUGGAUCGUACAUAUUGCAAAGAGAGAGAAAGCUAUUUUGUUGCAGAGAAUCAAAAUCAAAAUAAGCAAAGGUUUGCUUGACAAGCAACAAAAUACCCACAAAAUAUAAUCAUAAUAUUAUUAUUAUAUAAUGAUUUCUAACGAAAACUGAAAGGAAAAAAUAUUCCAAACACAUAAAAGUAAUUUUUUUAAAAGAAAAACUUUAUUACAAAAAAAAAACAAAAAAAAAAAAUGAAUACAAAGUACAAGGAGACUGCAAUGCCACAAGGAAACAAUUUUAACGAAAACUGAAAAAGAAAAAACCUGAAACGAUAGAGAUUUCUAUCAACUUAGUUUUGACACAAUGAUGACGUUUUCAUCAGGCAAAAAUACUUCCUCCUUCAAAUUGACUCCAACAUGCAAAUAUGUGUGACAUGUACAUACUUACAUACUUAUAUAUAUAUAUAUAUAAUAUAUAUAUUGAAAACACGGACUAAAUGCUUGUAUACAUUUAUUACGCAAAAAAGACUUCACUUAUCAUUUAGUAAUAACGAACAAUGAAUUUCCUUCUCUCACCAUCGCUCUCCCUCCAUUGUUUUCCUCAUUCCCUCCUCUCCUCCUGUCUUUCCUAAUACCUCUCCCCCGCCUUCACUCAUACACACCCACAAUCCUCUUUUUGCUUUAUGAGAAGUCGAAACUAUUAUUAUUAUUAUUAUUAUUUAGUAUUAUUAUUAUCAUUAUUAUUAAUCAUUAUAUAUAUAUAUAUAUAUAUAUAUAUAUAUAUGCUUAACAGCGCAAGCAAGCAAUCGCAUUUGCUGUUACCACUAUUAUUAUUAUUAGUAGUAGUAGUAGUACUACUACCACUUACUCCUCCUACCACCACCAGUAUCAUUACCGCCUCCACCGGACAUUCACCUGCAUCUUGUUACCUUUAAUUUAGUCAUUAGUUAGAGGAUGGAACCUUGAAAUUUAUUCCAGGUUUGUUGAAUUUAAAAGAUUUUUUUUGUUCACUCCUGUUUUAUGUUCUCUGCUAUUGCUUGGAAAUAUAUUAGCGUUUGCAUGUUAAGAUUCCAGGUUUGUUACAUAGGUGUGUGUGUGUGUGUGUGUGUGUUGUGUGUGUGCCUGAGUGCGCGUGUGCGUGCGUGCAUAUGUGAACAAGGGCCGGCUUUAGGAUGUUCAAAACAAACCCAAUUAGAACAACAUCUGUUUGAACAUUUUCUCCAAGUUUAACAAAGUACGAAGUCUGCUGAUUGGAUGGAAAAAAAAAAGUUGCAUGAUCUAAGCUUUAUUUUUUAAUUAAUGGAAUAUAUAAAUGUAAAUGGAAUGAUUCUAAUGAAUUGUGAGUGACGUUUACCAAAGUUUUGUUUUGUUUUAAAGAAACCAAUGUUAAUGUGUCGUAAGAAGACAAUUGAAACAUUUCAGGCAGGGCCAGUCUUCGGAUAUUUGUUAAACCGAUUUUUGCAAACGUUGUUCAUAAUUAUUCUCCUCCAAUUCCAGUGAUCCAUUUAACAAUGGUUUACCGUAGACCUAUGGGACUCUAUUUGCUUUCUAUUAAAGCCGGAGUCCGCCUAUCUGAAGCAAUCAACUGAACCCAACCUAAAGCCGGCUUUAGAAUGUGUUGAUUAGGUGAUGAGCUUGUUUUGUUCGUUUCUCAGAUCUUCCAUGUAACCUUGAAUAUCAAUAAGCAGUUUUAAAACAUUCGA